AACCAGAUCUGGAAGUCCAACCUUUCCCCUCACCUCCCUGCCACUCACCAGCCAGCCGCCUCUUGUCAGGUGAUCAGGCUGUCAACUAAGCUUCUGUAGGGUAAGGUUUCAGGUCAGCUGGAGCAUAUAAAGAUAGGUGCCAAGCCAGAGGCAGCAGAGACAACAGUGAAUGGCGAGGGGGCAACUAGAUCCCUGCUGCCACCUCCUGGGAUGGAGCCCUAAGGAGCCUUAAGGCGGCCCUGUGCUUCCCCUACCCUGGCUGGACUCACAGCCUCCUCCCUGCACUAAAGCUCAGGACUGCAAAGCAGCCUCUCUCCUUGGACCUCUGCUGGGCCCUGGAGGGACCAGGCAGAACCUUCUGGGACCAUGGUUGGACUAAAGCCUUCAGAGGUACCUCCUACCACAGCUGUGAAAUUCCUGGGGGCAGGCACAGCGGCCUGUUUUGCUGAUCUCCUCACCUUUCCACUGGACACAGCCAAGGUCCGCCUGCAGAUCCAGGGGGAGAACCAGGCGACCCAGGCAGCCCAGAGACCCCAGUACCGCGGCGUGCUGGGCACCAUCCUGACCAUGGUGCGCACCGAGGGCCCCCGCAGCCCCUACAACGGGCUGGUCGCCGGCCUGCAGCGCCAGAUGAGCUUUGCCUCCAUCCGCAUUGGCCUCUAUGACUCUGUCAAGCAGUUCUACACCCCCAAAGGAGCGGACCACUCGAGCAUCACUACCCGGAUUUUGGCAGGCUGCACCACAGGGGCCAUGGCGGUAUCGUGCGCCCAGCCCACGGAUGUGGUGAAGGUCCGGUUUCAGGCCAGCAUACCCCCUCGGGCCAGGAGCAACAGGAAAUACAGUGGGACAAUGGAUGCCUACAGGACCAUUGCCAGGGAAGAAGGGGUCAGGGGCCUAUGGAAAGGAACUUUGCCCAACAUCACAAGGAAUGCCAUCGUCAACUGUGCUGAGAUGGUGACCUAUGACAUCAUCAAGGAGAAGCUGCUAGACUAUCACCUGCUCACUGACAACUUCCCCUGCCACUUCAUCUCUGCCUUUGGAGCCGGCUUCUGUGCCACAGUGGUGGCCUCCCCAGUGGACGUGGUGAAGACCCGGUACAUGAACUCGCCCCCAGGGCAAUACCGCAGCCCCCUGGACUGUAUGCUGAAGACGGUGGCCCACGAGGGCCCCACAGCCUUCUAUAAGGGAUUUACACCAUCCUUUUUGCGUUUGGGAACCUGGAAUGUGGUGAUGUUCGUGACCUAUGAGCAGCUGAAACGGGCCUUCAUGAAAGUCCAGAUGCUACGGAAUCUCCAUUCUGAAUAAAGCAAGCCCACCUGGCACUUAACUAGAACAAGAACCAGUGGGUCCAGGCACACACAAACCCACACAUGUUUACAGAACUGUUUACUUGCUACUGAGUCAAGAAAUAGAAGCAGAGGAAGGAUUCUGGUCUUCAGUGCUUUGUCUUAAGAACACAUCUGUUUUGCACUGACAAGAUGGAAAUUAAAUUAUAUUAAUUUGGGGGACCCAUAUGUUGGAUGCCUAAUAUUUAGGCAAGAGAAAACAAACCAAAACAUCCAUUUGGAUAAAACAAAAG